GAAAUCACGUUUCUCGAUAUCUCAUUCUUUAUGAGAUUUUGAAUUCUAUUAAAAAUAAACUUGUAGCGUAAUAUCAAUAUACCAUUGCUUUAAUAUAUCUAUAAUAUAUUGAGCUACAUUAUCAAAAUGAAAAAUCGUUUAACACCAGAAAAAGCGAUUUUGUUCACAAAACUCAGCGUUGCUCUCACGUGUUCCUGGCCUCCCUCUCCUCUUGCAACCAAAGUUCAACAUCUUUUCUUUAAUGCAUUGUGGUGCAUUGCGUUUCUGACCUCUGUCAUGUUAUUUUUACCAUUAUUGGCCGCGAUUUACGAAUAUCGUAAGCAUCCUAUCAUUCUUGGGAAAACGGUGAGCCUUGCCGCGGCUGUUGCUCAAGUGACGAUUAAGAUGAUAAUAUGUCGUUUGCAGCAGAAACGUUUUCAAGUAAGUUCAUUACUCUCUGUGCUAUACUCUGAAAUGGAGAACUUUUGCAAACAGGCCACGAAUGAGGAAAAGAUCAUACUGCAACGUUACGUUGAUAGAUACAAAUAUUUUCAUAGUUUCUACAUAUUGUGGAGUUUCCUUACUACGAUAUUCGUCAUAUGCGGACCAUUGUACACGGUACAAACAUUUCCCACCCACGCGAUAUAUCCAUUUUCAGUGAGACGUCAUCCGUACAAGGGUUUAAUCUUCUUCCAUCAAUCGUUCGUUGGGUUUCAAGUGUCUUCAGGUAUGGCAAUUGACACCCAGAUCGCUCUUCUUUUACGAUAUGCCGCGGCUAGAUUCGAGAUUUUAGGAAUUGAAUUCAAUAAUACGAAAUCAGAUGGUGAGUUCGACGCCUGCAUAGAAAAGCAUAAUGAACUCUUAAGAUGUUUAAGGGAAAUUCGGCGAUCUAUCAAAUUUUUAAUUUUGGCAACAAAUGGAACAACUGUCAUUGCCGUGAUAUUCGGCAGUUUAAAUUUAAUUGCUAAUCAGCCACUAGCCUUGAAAGCUUUAUAUGCUAUCGUAGUGUUCAGUGCCAGCGUGGAACUUUUUAUGUACGCUUGGCCAGCGGAUAGCUUGAUGCGCAUGACAAUGAAAAUGGCUACAAAAGUGUACAAUAUGGAUUGGUACGGAAGAGACAUCAGAACCCAGAGAAAGAUACUUUUUAUAAUUUUAAGAUCUCAGAAAUACGAAAGUUUUGGGAUUCAUGGUAUUGUACCUGCACUUUCGCUAUCUUAUUACGGAAAGUAUCUAUACACAUCUUUGUCGUAUUUCAAUGCAUUACGUAUUAUGGUUGAAGAUACUGUUAACUAG